AUGACGCAGUUCUCCGGAGCGGUGAAGCUCGGCGACCUCAACGACUUCAUCAACCCGUCGCAGGCGUGCAUCGAUGACAUCGACGUUCCCGCCGGGGGCGAGAUGAUCCUCAACAAGCGCUCGAAAGCACCCGUCACGGAGGACCUCACGUACCUCUUCGGCCAACCCGAGAAGCCCAUCGGCCAGUGGGGGAUCGAGAAGAAGAACGACAGCGACGCCAUCAAGGUGUCCCUCUCCGACUGCCUCGCGUGCAGCGGCUGCAUCACGUCCGCGGAGACGGUGCUCCUCGAGGCGCAGAGCGUCGACGAGUUCAAGCAGCAGGUGGCGGCGUGCGCGCAAUCCGGAGGUCGACGCGUCACGGUGGUAUCCGUCGCUCCGCAAUCCCGCGCGUCCCUGGCGCACGCCGCGGGGCUCUCCGCCAUCGACGCCGCGAAGCGUCUGACGGGGUUCUUCAAGUCCAUGGGGGUCGUCGCGGUGUUCGACACCACCGCCGCCCGCGAUUUCUCCCUCCUGGAGGCUGGAGAGGAAUUCGUCGAGCGCUUCCGGGCCCAAAACCAAAACCAAAGCCAAAACCAAAACCCGCUGCCCGUGCUCGCCUCCGCGUGCCCGGGUUGGGUGUGCUACGCGGAGAAGCAGUCCCCGGGGGUGCUGCCCCACAUUUCCAACGUCAAGUCCCCGCAGCAGGUCAUGGGCACGAUUGUCAAGCGGAGGGUCGCGGCGUCGCUGGGUCUCGACCCGGCGGCGGUGUUUCACGUCGCCGUGAUGCCGUGCUACGAUAAGAAGUUGGAGGCGAGCCGCGGGGAUUUUCGCGGCGAGCCCGGGGUUGGCGGCGGCGACGGCGAGGGACCUCCCGACGUCGACUGCGUCCUCACCACCGGGGAGGUGGCCGAGCUUCUCGCGGGUGCGUACGGCAUCGCCGUGAAGGAGAGGGACGGGUACUCGACCGAGGCGGCGGGCGCGAGGGAGGGCGCGGCGGCGCUGGCGAGGGGCGGCGGGGGUUCCGGCGGGUACCUCGAGCACGUCUUCAGGUACGCCGCCGCGAAGAUCUUCGGGAUUGAAGUUCGCGGCGCUCUCGAGUACAAGAUCCCGCGCGCGAGGAACCCGGACCUCCGGGAGGUGACGCUGGAGGGACCCGACGGGACGACGCUGUUGCGGUUCGCGCAGGCGUACGGUUUCCGGAACAUCCAGAACAUGGUCCGGAAGAUCAAACCGACCGCGCACGACAUCCACCUCGGCACGUCCAGGGACGGGUGCGGGUACGAUUACGUCGAGAUCAUGGCGUGCCCGAGCGGCUGCCUCAACGGCGGCGGGCAGCUCCCGCCGCCGCCGCCGCCGGGGGAGAUCGCCGGGAGCGGCGGCGCGAGACCGCGGGCGAUGACGGCGAAGGAGCUGGUGGACGAGCUCGAGACGAAGUACCGAUGGGGCGACGGCACCGUGGAGCCGCGGCCGCCGGAUGCGAGCCCGGAGGUUGCGGAGGCGUACCGCGAUUGGGUGCGAGGGGCGGUUGGUUCGGAGAGAGCGCGCGCGCUGUUUCACACGCGGUACCACGACAGGGGCGCGGAGGCUGCGGCGGCGGCGGGCGGGGCGGUCGCGGCGGCGGCGCAGCUGAAGCUCACGAGCGACUGGUAG